AGGAGGCGCAUGUGAAGAUCGUGAGCAACUCGGACUGCGGCUCUGCGUACGGUAGUGGGAUGAUCACCGACGACAUGUUGUGCGCGCAGGGCGUCAACAGCGCCGGGCAAGUCACCGACGCCUGCCAAGGGGACAGCGGGGGGCCGCUGGUGUGCGCUUCUGGCGGUGCUGCUUACGUCCUUCACGGGGCCACGUCGUGGGGCUAUGGGUGUGCCAUGGAACAGUACCCAGGAGUUUGGUCUCGAGUCAGCUACGUACGUGAUUGGAUCGACGAAGUGAUGGGGAUGACGCAGCCCCCGACGCCAGCGCCUCCACCAACUUCGGCCCCCCCAGCGACGCCCGCCCCGCCGCCGACGCCAGCUUCUCAGCACAUGUGGGCGGCCAUCACAGGACCGUGCACUCUGGAUGGCUCUUGCGUGCAGAGCCCCAACUACCCGCAGGACUACAACAAUGGUGAGGCGUGCGCCUUGGAGGUCGACUUGGGGAUGGCAGCGCCGAUCGUGGUGGAGAGCUUCGACACGGAGUCAUACUUCGACACUCUCACGGUCAACGGGCUGACUUAUUCUGGUUCUGUCGGCCCGAGCGGGAUCACCCCGACGGCGGACAUCUUCUGGUCCUCCGACUUCGUCAUUGUCAGCGGUGGCUGGAGGCUGUGCCAGGGUGUGGCGCCCACGCCAGCGCCACCAACUCUGGCACCCCCUCCGACUCCAGCGCCACCUCCAACGCUUGCCCCGCCGCCGACGCCAGCGCCCAUGUGUGGAGCAAAGGGUCCCGACGACACCCUUUGGGACACGCGCAGCGAGCGCAUCGUGGCGGGCCAGGACGCCACGCCGUGCGAGUGGAAGUGGCAGGUCUCCCUGCAGACGUUCUCGGGCUUUCCCUUCUGCGGCGGCACGCUCAUCGCCGAGAAAUGGGUCAUGACAGCCGCCCAUUGCAUGGGUAGCGCUUUCAAGGUGGUGGCGGGCCUCCACAGCCAAUCCACAACAGACUCGACCCAGGUGGAUCUGCAGGUGCACCAAGUGCAUUCGCAUCCAUUGUAUAGCUCCUCGACGUAUUCUCACGAUUUCGCAUUGGUGGAGUUGGUGGAGGCAGCACCCUUGAACGACUGUAUCGGCCCAGCCUGCUUGCCAAGCGAGGACAUCGCUGACGGUGAGGAAUGCAUUAUCACUGGCUGGGGGACCCUCUCCUCUGGAGGGUCCUCCCCUGACCUGCUGCAGGAAGCGCAUGUGAAGAUCGUGAGCAACUCGGACUGCGGCGCUGCGUACGGCAGUGGGAUGAUCACCGACGACAUGUUGUGCGCGCAGGGCGUCAACAGCGCUGGGCAAGUCACCGACGCCUGCCAAGGGGACAGCGGAGGGCCGCUGGUGUGCGCUUCUGGCGGUGCUGCUUACGUCCUUCACGGGGCCACGUCGUGGGGCUAUGGGUGUGCCAUGCAGCAGUACCCGGGAGUUUGGUCUCGGGUUAGCUGCGUACGUGACUGGAUCGACGAAGUGAUGGGGAUGACGCAGCCCCCGACGCCAGCGCCUCCAUCAACUUCGGCUCCCCAUGCGACGCCCGCCCCGCCGCCGACGCCAGCUUCUCAGCACAUGUGGGCGGCCAUCUCGGGACCGUGCACGCUGGAUGGCUCUUGCGUGCAGAGCCCCAGCUACCCGCAGGACUACAACAACGAGGAGGCGUGCAUCCUGGAAGUCGACUUGGGUAUGGCAGCGCCGAUCGUGGUGGAGAGCUUCGACACGGAAUCAUACUUCGACACGCUCACGGUCAACGGGCUGGCUUAUUCUGGUUCUGUCGGCCCCAGCGGGAUAACCCCGUCGGCGGACAUCUUCUGGUCCUCCGACUUCAGUCUCGUCAGCAGUGGUUGGAGGCUGUGCCAGGGUGUGGCGCCCACGCCAGCGCCACCAACUCCGGCACCCGCUCCGACUCCAGCGCCACCUCCAACGCCCGCGCCGCCGCCGACGCCAGCACCGAUGUGUGGAGCAAAGGGUCCUGAUGAAAGUUCAAGGAAAGUUCGCGGCGAGCGCAUCGUGGGAGGCCAGGACUCCACGCCUUGCGAGUGGAAGUGGCAGGUAUCCCUCUCGUCGCCCGGGUUUGGGCAUUUCUGCGGCGGCACGCUCAUCGCCGAAACGUGGGUCCUAACAGCCGCCCACUGCGUUGGCUUUGGCUAUUAUCUUUAUUAUUAUGAUGAUGACUCUUUCUCUGUCGUAGCGGGCCUCCACAGCCAGUCCAUAACGGACUCGACCCAGGUGGAAUUGCAGGUAGCACGAGUGCAUUUGCAUCCACUGUACAGCUCCUCGACGUAUUCGUACGAUUUUGCCUUGGUGGAGUUGGCCGACGCCGCGCCCUUGGAUGACUGCAUCGGCGUCGCGUGCUUGCCCAGCGAGGACGUCGCUGGUGGCGAGGAGUGCAUCAUCACUGGCUGGGGAACCCUGUCCCCUGGAGGCUCCUCGCCAGACCUGCUGCAGGAGGCGGAGGUCACCAUCGUCAGCAACUCGGACUGCGACGCCGCCUACGGCGGCAGAAUCACAGACGAUAUGGUGUGCGCGCAGGGCGUCAACAGCGCUGGGCAGGUCACCGACGCCUGCCAGGGGGACAGCGGCGGUCCGCUGGUGUGUGCCUCCGAGGGCGGUGCUUACACUCUGCACGGCGCCACUUCGUGGGGCUACGGGUGCGCCUCCGCGGCGUACCCGGGAGUCUGGUCUCGCGUGAACUUCGUGCGAAAUUGGCUCGACGACGUGAUGGGGUUGACCCCUUCACCGACCCCGCCACCAACGCCCACCCCUCCACCGACGCUGGCGCCACCUCCAACGCCGGCCCCCUCGCCGACGCCAGCCCCGGCGUACAUGUGGGCGAAUAUCGCUGGCGAGUGCACUGUGGACGGCUCUUGCGUGCAAAGUCCCAACUACCCUCGGCGUUACGACCCGAGUCAGAGCUGCACCUUGGAGAUUAACUUGGCGUUAGCGUUGCCAAUCGUGGUGCAGACCUUCGAUACGGAGUCGUAUUUCGACACGCUCACGGUCAACGGAAUUGCGUAUUCUGGAACAAGUGGUCCCAGCGGCAUCACCCCGACGGCAAGCAUGUUCUGGGAGUCGGAUUCCAGCAUUCAGAGAAGUGGCUGGAGGCUGUGCGUGCCAUUGUUGUCCACAUCGACAGAGGUGCACACCAGCUCGACAACGCUAAGCUCAACUACAGCGACCAGCUCCAGUUUGAUUAGCACCUCCAGGAGUUCCACUACCACCCUUACCAGCACCAGUUGGAGCAGCACCUCCGAAAGUUCCACAGACACUGGGAGUGAAACACGCGGGCCUUCUAGCGCGACCAGUUCCUCGACAGUUGGGAGUUCAGUCACUGAGAGAUCAACUACAGUAAGUACAGCCAGUGAGAACUAUAGCAUGACUGUGUCUGCAACAACCUUGAGUUCAACCACCUCGAGUCCGACCGCUGCGAGUACAAGCAGCGAGAGCUCCAGCACGACCCUGUCCUCGACCAUUGCCAGUUCAGCCACCGUGAGUAGUACGAGCGGGAGCUCCAGCACAACUGGGACCUCGCUCACUGCGAGUCUGACUUCUCUGAGCGCAACCAGCGACAGUUCGAGCAAGACAGUGUCUUCAACCAGUUGGAGUACAAGCAGCGAGAGCUCCACCAUGACGGUGUCUUCAACGAGUGUGAGCUCCACCACUGCGAGUACAAUCAGUGAUAGUUCCCGCACAACGAUGUCUUCGACGAGUAGGAGUUCCACCACUGCGAGCACAGGCAGCGAGGGUUCUAGCACGACCCUGUCCUGGGCCACUGCAAGUUCAACCUCUCGGAGCAGAAUCAGCGACAGUUCGAGUACGACGUUGUCGUCAACCAGUUGGAGUUCCACAACUGCGAGUACAAGGAGCGAGAGUUCCAGAACCACCGUAUCUUCAACGAGUGGAAGUUCGACCACUGAGAGCACAACCAGCGAGAGUACCAGCACGACUACAUCUUCAACCACAAGGAGUUCCACCACUGGGAGCACAGACAGCGAUAUUUCGAGCACGACGGCGUCUUCAGCCACGUCGAGUUCGACCACUGCAACCACAGCAAGCACGAGCUCCAGCACGACCCUGUCCUCGGCCACUGCGAGUUCUACCACUAGGAGUACAAUCAGCGAGAGUUCCAGCAAGACUGCAUCUUCAACCACAAGGAGUUCCACCACUUGGAGCACAGACAGCGAUAGUUCGAGCACGACGGUGUCUUCAGCCACGUCGACUACGACCAUUGCAAGCACAGCAAGCAAGAGCUCCAGCACGACCCUGUCCUCGGCCACUGCGAGUUCUACCUCUCUGAGCCGAACCAGCGACAGUUCGAGCACGACGUUGUCGUCAACCAGUUGGAGUUCCACAACUGCGAGUACAAGGAGCGAGAGUUCCAGAACCACCGUAUCUUCAACGAGUGGAAGUUCGACCACUGAGAGCACAACCAGCGAGAGUACCAGCACGACUACAUCUUCAACCACAAGGAGUUCCACCACUGGGAGCACAGACAGCGAUAUUUCGAGCACGACGGCGUCUUCAGCCACGUCGAGUUCGACCACUGCAACCACAGCAAGCACGAGCUCCAGCACGACCCUGUCCUCGGCCACUGCGAGUUCUACCACUAGAAGUACAAGGAGCGAGAGUUCCAGCAAGACUGCAUCUUCAACCACAAGGAGUUCCACCACUUGGAGCACAGACAGCGAUAGUUCGAGCACGACGGUGUCUUCAGCCACGUCGACUUCGACCACUGCAAGCACAGCAAGCAAGAGCUCCAGCACGACCCUGUCCUCGGCCACUGCGAGUUCUACCUCUCUGAGCCGAACCAGCGACAGUUCGAGCACGACGUUGUCGUCAACCAGUUGGAGUUCCACAACUGCGAGUACAAGGAGCGAGAGUUCCAGAACCACCGUAUCUUCAACGAGUGGAAGUUCGACCACUGAGAGCACAACCAGCGAGAGUACCAGCACGACUACAUCUUCAACCACAAGGAGUUCCACCACUGGGAGCACAGACAGCGAUAUUUCGAGCACGACGGCGUCUUCAGCCACGUCGAGUUCGACCACUGCAACCACAGCAAGCACGAGCUCCAGCACGACCCUGUCCUCGGCCACUGCGAGUUCUACCACUAGAAGUACCAUCAGCGAGAGUUCCAGCAAGACCAGGUCUUCGACCAGUGCGAGUUUAACCACUGCGAGUGCAACCAGUGAAAGCUCCAGCUCGACGGUGUCUACAAUCAGCGGGAGUUCAACCACAGCGAGCGCAACGAGCGAGACUUCAAGCACGACUUGGUCGUCGACUUCUGGAAGUUUGACCACUGUGAGCACAGUCAGCGGGAGUUCUAGCACGACCAGGUCAUCGCUCACUGCCACGUCAACUACUGUGAGUACAACGAGCGACAGUUUCAGCACCACCCAGUCCUCGAUCAGUGGAAGCUCAGUUACAUGGAGUUCAGCCACAGUGACCACAACCAGCUAUAGCUCCAGCAUGAGUGGGUCUUCGAGCACUGCGACUUCAACCACUGUGAGUUCAACCACUACGAGUACGACCAGCGGGAGUUCCAGCACGACGAUGUCUGCAAGCACUGUGACUUCAACCUCCGUGAGUACAAUCAGCGAGAGCUCUACCACGACGUGGUCUUCGACCACUGUGAGCAACACCACCGUCAGCUCCACUGCCACCCUCACCAGCAUUAGUGCAACUAGGACCACGGAAAGCCCCACAACCACGACCAGUGCGAGCACAACCAGCGAGAGUUUCAGCGUAACUAGGUCUUCGCUCACUGCGACUUCAACCACUGUGAGCGCAACCAGCGAGAGUUCGGCCACGACGAUGUCUGCAACCACUGUGAGUACCAGCAGCCAGAGCUCCAGCACGACGCCACAUUCAACCACCGUGAGUUCAUACACGCCGCAUACAAUCACGACACAUUCAGUCACAGUCAUGAGUUCCACCACUGCGAGCUCAACCAGCGGGAGUACAGUCAGCGAGAGUUCUAGCGCGACCGCGUCCUCGACCAGUGGAAGUUCAUUCACUUAUAGCACGACUACUGACAGCACGAGCAGCGAUAGCUCUACCACGACGCUGACAGAGACCACCACGUCGACGACAUCGACCAUGACGAGCACAACCACCCCGCUCUUCGUUGUGAGCAGCUCGCUGUCGUUUCAGAGCACGGGGAGUCAGUCGGAGGUCGAGUCCGCGGUGAUCGAGCACUUCAUGGACAUGCUCGGCUGCGACAGCGAUGACCUCACCGUGACUGUCUCCUCCCAGACCGCAAGGUCUAAGCAGGUUCCUGCCGGCCGCUCGGUGUCCCAGUGGGACGUCUACUUCGAGGUCGUGGCGGACGAGAAGGCGGCGCGGGGGCACGCGGAGGCCGCCAUGGCCAUGGGCGCAAACGCCACGGGCGCCAACGCCACGGCGGGCAGUGCGAUGCGCAGCCUGUCGGAGAAGUUUGCGGAGAAGGGGGUCUGGCUCGACGAGAGCUCAGUGGUUGUGGAAGAGCCAGUGAUCAAGGUGGUUACGGUUACGAAGACGACCGUGAGCGUCACGGAGACGACCAUCACUUUCACAGGCACAAGCAGCACUACAGCGACAGCCACAGGCACAAGCAGCACUGCCACAGCCACAAGCACAUCGCUGACGGCGUCGACGAUGUCGAGCACCGUCACGAGAACGAGCACUGUGGCCAGUCGAACGGUUACAUCGUUGACGGAGUCGAUGGCCACUGGAACGGGCACAUCGCUGACAGAGUCGAUGGCCACCAGUACAGGCACAACGCUGACAAUGUCGACGAGGAUAAGCACCGGUACAGGCACAACGCUGACAAUGUCGACGAGGACAAGCACCAUGGCCCACAACACUGCAGCAGUGAGCGCAUCCUCCACUGCCACCCCUGCGACCACCUUGAGCUCUACGGCAGCUGCGGCUGCCCCCAGCUCGGAGACCACCACGGUGACGACCACCGCCGCGCCGUUCGUGGUUCAGCAACAGUUGGUCUUCUCCAGCAGUGGGACCCAGGACGAGGUGCAGGCAGUUGUGACUGAGGUGCUGCACGAGAGCCUGGGUGUGACGAGCGAGCAGCUGACCGUGGUGGUGUCGGAGGCAGUGGAGUCGCAGGCGUCUGGCCGAAAGUUGAGCAAUACAGAGUGGCAGGUGGACUACCAGGUGGCGGUGGACACCAGCACGGCGGCGGACGAGAUCGCGCGGGUGGCAGAGGCCUGGGCCGUGUCCGCGGCGGUCCUCGCACAGGACCUGGCCGACGCGCUCUCGAGCCGCGGUCUGCAGCUCGAGGCGGGCUCGGUGGCGGCGGCGCGGCCGCAGGUGACAGCGGGCCCGCGGGCCCCCCGGAGCAGAGACGCGGAGCUGAAGCACGCGGAGGCGGGCGUCGCCCCAGUCGUGGUCAUCGUUCCUAUCGGGGUCGCGCUUCUCCUCUGCGCGUUCGGCUGCCUGGGGCGGGUCUACGCGGGGAGGCCGAGAUCGGGCCGCGUCGCUGAGAUCACGAGCGACAAGGUCGUCCGCAGAUCCUCCGGCAACCAGCUGGAGGACGGGGUGCUCCGCGGAGACGUGGCUCCGAGACCGGGCCGCGUCGCUGAGAUCACGAGCGACAAGGUCGUCCGCAGAUCCUCCGGCAACCAGCUGGAGGACGGGGUGCUCCGCGGAGACGUGGCUCCGAGACCGGGCCGCGUCGCUGAGAUCACGAGCGACAAGGUCCUCCGCAUAUCCUCCGGCAACCAGCUGGAGCACGGGGUGCUCCGCAGAGACGUGGCUGGCGAGACCCCCAGCGACAGGGCCGUGCGUGAUCCGGUGCUUGCGCUGUCCCGGCGGCUGCCUGCGAGCCAGCAGCCCAUCGCCACGCAGCCGAGAGACGCCGCCUGGAGGCAGUGCGCCCCUCCCGCGCUGGGCGCGUCGGACCCGGACGCCCUGAUCCUCACCGACGCGAGCGAUCCCGAGAACGGCUCCCUGGAGGACUGCCUGUCGCCCCAGCCCUUCGUGCCCAUGGCCGAAGGGCAGGGCCCGGGAGCGCGAGGGGCCGCGCUCCCGCUGCCCCGCAGCCCGCCCCCGAGGGGCACCCCGCUCGCGAGGCGGCGCCCUCCGCCGGCCUCCCCGUGGAGUCCUUCUGGGCCGCGGCACGGGUGGUGAGCACCCUCCGAAGGGGCGGCGCCCCCGCCCGCGCCCGCGGGGGAGGAGGAGGAGGAGGAAGAAGAGCCGGAGGA